AUCCGACAUGAAUCAGAGAAGAAGAAGAAUAAGGCAGCUGUGACGUCUUAAACUGAAACAAUCAACCACACCGAAAAGCGGAGGUACACGACCUGAACCUGGCAACACGAGCAAUUAUAGUAACCUAACGUUAAUUCAUGUGAAAUUGUAGUAGGCAAUGAAUGGCCUCGAAAUUAAUCUAUGAAGCGUAUUUUUUAUUUAUUUAUUUUUUAAAGUGCACCGUAUGUAACGUUAGUUAGCUUAGCUAACGCUACUGUAUCUAACGCAGGAUAAACAGCCCCAAGUCCCAAAGUUUAAAGAUGUGGAAACGAGGCGGUCGAAGCUUCGCUCUGGACCGAGCUCAAGCACUGCUGUCUGCCAAGAGGAACAGCAGAGGAGGCGUUAAGUCUGUGCAGGGGGCUACAGUACAUACAAGUGCUGUGAAAACCAGAUUUUCUUCCUCAAAUACACACCCUUCAUUCUCAGAUUUGAGUGAUUUGUCCUCGGUCAGCUCAGCUCCUGAGCAUGGAGCUGACACCUUGGGCUCUGAUUCUGCAAAGACCCAGAGAAGAGAGGGCGAUUCUACCAAGGAUCUCAUACCUCAGAGCUCUCUGGGUGGAGGAGGGAGUAGGUUCUUAAAGAAGGCUCCACCACCUGCAACCAACAGCAGCCAGUCACCUGUCAGCAAAAUGCAGCAGGUGCCUAAACACAGAAAUGUGUCAUCUUCCCAGCAAGGAUCCCAGACUGCUGCUUUAAGUAGACGGGCUCAAAUUGAGAGCCAUAUCCACAGCGGCAAGCAGGUUCAGGAACAUGCCAGACAGGGGCAAAAACCUGCUGAGAAUCUUACCUCAGAUGUGGGAAUCUCACCACCACCAGUCACCCACUCCCUGGAGGCCCCUGUGCAACUCUCAGCACAGUCCAGCAGUAACACAAGUCUGAAGGGGAAACGUUUCCUUAAAAACGUGACGGCUGUAGCUGUUAAUAAUAGUAAUACUACUGCUGCUAGGCUUCCAAAAGAAGCAGAUUUUGGUAUCCGGUCCAGGUCCGGAGCUGCUGAUGCCCUAGUUCCUUCGGGAGGUUUGGAGACAAAGUCGAUAAGAGCAGUGAGUGGUGUGAGUCUGGAAAGUGAUGAAGAGGACAUGAAGAAACUGCUUGGAGACUCGUUGGAUUCAAUAGACAACAAUUUCUUAAUUCCAGAGAGACCUUCUUUCAUAAAGAGAGCAGACAAGCUAUUGAGCAAAAGCAGCCAGAAGGUCUACUCCUCGCCUCUUCCCGCUACUAUCCCUCCCUCAUCAUCCCCUAACACGGCACCCCCCCGCUCUCCUGCCUCUCCUUCUCGCCACAGUUCUCCUUUCCGAUUCAUCGGUCAGGCUCAGGCUCACUUCAGCCCUUCUGUGCUCUCCCUAUCCCCCUCUCCUCCCUGUGUCUCCCCAUCUCCUUCGUUGAGACUGAACUCCACUCACAGGGUGGGGAGUCCACAGCGUUCUCUAUCGUCCAUGUCCGGCUGUGUUGAGGUGCUUUCUCUGUCGGAGCUUUUCUUUGUUGGGCCUGGCUCUGAAGAUCCCCACAAUGAAAUGAGUGCAGUUACCUCUGAAGACUUCGAAAUAAAUGUGGUGACAUUAGAUGACCUUGUCCCUGCUACCCUUGAAUUUACUGAGGAAACACCAGGAAAGGAGAGAGAAGUCAAACACAGCGUCCCUCUUCCUGGAUCCCCUAACAGACCUCAACAGCGGCUACAAUAUAAGGAGAAGGAGAAGAAAGAGGAGCAGCAGGAGGGCACAUUGGACUACCAAAGUGACUUCGAGAGUGAGAGCAGGACAGAGUCAAAAUACAGUGUCAAUCAGAUUUCAGAGCACUUGCAAGAAGAUGGAGAUGAAGAGAAGGUGGUACAAGAGGUCAGCGAGGAGGAUUCAGAUGUGUCCUGUGAGAGGACAGAAGAUAAUUACUCGAGCACUUUCUCAGACACAAGUUGCUCCUGCACCUCAGAGACCCCAGAUCACAGUCAAACACGCAGGAUCAGGGACUCCAGAUUCUCUGUAUCACAUGACAGCCAGAGCCUAACUCGCAAGUCAAGGAGGCAUGCUUCAACUAGAAUUGUUUUAAAAGAGGCAGAAGUACAGACUCAGCCCAUUCCACUGUCUUUAAUAUGGCCCACAGGUAUGGCUACUUUGAGUCCUACAGUGGGCAUUACUUACAUGGAUCCCACCCCAAUGGCUGCUCAUACUCUCAGUGCAGAAAUAGUGGAAGCUCUCAGCACCUUCAACCCAGCUGUAUUUGCACUCAAUGAAAUGCUAAAACAGCAACUUGCCAUGACAAGGUGUUUCAUCGAAAGAGGCCGACAUCUUCACUCCAGCCUGGUGCAGAGCCUGGGACCACCAAACUACAGAUACACCAUGCUGGAGGACACCAAAGAGUACAUUCGCACGUACAGACCUCCCAAACUGACAAUGGAGGAAGCUUUGGAAGAGGUGCUGCAGGAGAUGAGAGACUCCCAUAUCUGACCACUGCUACUGAAUGUCCUGGAUUACUGAACAGACAUUUGCCAUGUCAUUGUUACAAUAAGUUGUAUACAUAAUUAAAAUAUAUUUAAUUACAAUUCGAAGAAUUAGGGUAGUUGUUUCUCCAAAAAAAAAAAGAAAACAGUAAAUUCCUGCACAAACUUGCCACCUUUGCAGUGAUUCCUUUGGUUGAUGUUUUGGUCACAAGGACCUUUUUCAAAACUAAAACUUUUCAAAACUAAAACUUUGACCAAAUAAUGGGCUAUCAUACCAAUUUUUAAGCUUCAAAGCUUUUUUUUUUUUUAAACGAAUAUUCGAAUCCCAAAAUAGAAAAUCAAAUACCUACCUAUUGAACGAAUAUUCGGAUCCAGCCCUACCAAUUAAACCAAUGCAGAGGUGACAAGUAUGGAGCCCUAAAAGGAUCAUUUAAUUAGAUGAUUAGAUGUUUUUAAGAUGGUUUGUUUUUUCAAUUCCUGGACGCCUAUGGGAUCAUGAUUGUUAUUUGAACCCAGAGACACUCAGCAAUUGAGCCAAGAUAGCUUAAUAAAAUUGUUGCUUGACACAACUUCAGACUACACCAAAUACAUAAAAAAGGUCUGUCUUCAUGCAUAAUUGCACAAUUUCCUGCAAGACAGGAAUGUUGUGUUCUGCCAUGGCCAGCGAAGAGCCCGGAUCUCAAUCCCAUUGAGCACAUCUGGGACCUGUUAGAUCGAAGGGUAAGGGUGAGAACCAUGCCCCCCAGAAAUGUCUGGGGACUUGCAGGUGCCUUGAUGGAAGAGUGGGGUAAAGAACUGGCAAAUCUGGUGCAGUCCAUGAGGAGGAGAUGCACUGCAGUACUUAAUGCAGCUGGUGGCCACACCACAUACUGACUGUGACUUUUGAUUUUGAUCAUACUUUGUUCAGGGACACAUUUUUCCAUUUCUGUUAGUCACAUGUCUGUGAAACGUUCAGUUUAGUUCCUAGUAGUUGAAUUUUUUCAUGUUCAUACAAACUUUCACGUUGGCUGAAAAUAAAAGCAGUUGAAAGUGAA